AGAUUGGUGUAUAGUAUUUGCCAAAAUUCUACUUUAUCAUUAUUAUAUGUUUUUAUUUUGAAAUAUUUUCUGUCGCAAUUCCACUUGAAUAAUUCGAAAUUUAUCAUCUCUAGCACUUUGACACUAUUCAGUGUUGGUAAGAUGCUGACAGAAAUUUGUAAAAAAUCAUUUAUAAUUGGCGUAACUUUGUGCCGGUAUCGCGUUAAAUCUAAUUUCACACAUUUACGCACAAUUUGCAAUUUAAAUAUGAAACUGGCUCCAACUGUGAAAUUGAACAAUGGCUAUGAAAUGCCAGUUCUGGGCUUGGGCACGUAUGAGUUGAAAAAAUCGAAAUGUGAAAAUGCAGUGCGUUAUGCAUUGGAGACGGGCUACCGUCACAUCGAUACGGCUUAUCUUUACCGCAACGAGGCUUUAAUCGGUAAAGUUCUCAGUGAAGAGAUCUUAGCUGGAAAAAUAAAGCGGGAUCAGGUGUUUCUAGUUACCAAGCUUUGGGACAUUUAUCAUGAACCCUUUCGUGUGCUUGAAGCUUGCCGAAUGCAAUUGAGGCUACUUAAUGUGCAAUAUAUUGAUCUUUAUCUCAUGCACUCACCGGUGAGCGUUCACUAUCUGAGUGAUGAGGAUCUAAUGCCUCAUAGGAAUGAAGAAUUAUGGACCAACAAUGUGGACUAUUUGGAUACUUAUAGAGCUAUGGAGAAACUAGUGGAAAUGGGUCUAGUCCGUAGUCUUGGCGUUUCAAAUUUUAAUUUAACGCAAUUGCAACGUUUGAUUGACAAUUGUCAUAUUAAGCCCGUGGCAUUACAAAUCGAAUGUCAUAUUGAAUUGAUCCAAUGGCCCUUGCUAAAGUUUUGUGAAAAAGAAAACAUAGUGGUUACAGCCUACUCCCCCUUGGGUCGUCCGAAAUCAAGUAAACCUCUGCCCGACUACUAUACGGACUAUCAAAUUUUGGAAAUCUCAAAGAAAUAUGCAAAGUCGCCCGCACAAAUCGUUAUAAGAUAUUUGGUGGACAUAGGUCUAAUACCAAUACCCAAGGCAGCCCAAACUAAUCAUUUGUAUGAGAAUUUGCAAAUUUUUGACUUUACUCUGUCGGUGUCGGAAAGACAGCAAUUGGAAAAAUGGAAUAAAGGCUUGAGAAUCUGGAAAUUUGAGAAGGCCAAAUAUCAUCAAUAUUAUCCAUAUUAGAUAAAUUAUAUAUAU